CACUAACAGCCGUGAAGAGAGAUGAACAAAGCUUAAUUUGGAGCUUCGCACAGAGAAGAGCAGCAAGCUCAGAAGCUUCAUUCCAACGACUGAGAAAGGAGACUGGGCAAGGAUGGCUCGGUUGGCAGGCAGAAGCGAGGCCGAGUCCUUGGGUAGUGAGAUAGAAGAAAUAGAGAGGAGCACGAGGUCAUCAUUUCAGCUCAGUCUUUCCCAGAUAGAAGAAAUAGAGAGGAGCACGAGGUCAUCAUUUCAGCUCAAUCUUUCCCAGAGGAGUUUCACCUAUUCUAUGCGGCAUAUCGACAAGGAUGAGCAUGACCUAGAAUGGGCUGCUAUCGAAAGGCUACCGACGUUUGAACGAGUAAGAACAUCCCUCUUCGAUCACCAGUACUACUGUAACGAUGAUGGAGAAGGACGGUCGAAGGAAAGGAAGGUGAUCGACGUCACUAAGCUUGGAGCACUGGAGCGGCGCUUGUUCAUCGAGGAUCUCAUCAAGAACAUUGAGAAAGACAACCUUCGGCUGAUGCAGAGGCAAAGAGAGAGAAUAGACAGAGUGAAUGUGGAGCUGCCAACUAUAGCUGUGCGUUACAAGAAUCUGUGUGUGGAGGCGGAGUGCGAAGUAGUUCCGGGGAAGCCCCUGCCCACCUUAUGGAAUGUCACCAAGAGCAUGUUUUCGGUAAGUGAGGCUAGCAACCACGCAUCUACCAUCAGCAUUUUAAAAGACAUCAGCGGAAUCAUCAAACCCUCCAGGAUGACUCUCUUACUUGGACCUCCAGGAUGUGGAAAAACAACUUUGUUGCUAGCACUGGCUGGGAAACUAGACAAAUCUCUCCAGGUAACAGGAGAAGUUUUGUACAAUGGCUUCAAGUUGGAGGAGUUCGUUCCUGAGAAAACAUCAGCUUAUAUAAGCCAAUAUGAUCUGCAUAUGCCUGAAAUGACUGUGAGGGAGACUCUGGAUUUUUCAUCACGGUUUCAGGGUGUUGGAUGCAGAGCAGAAAUUAUGAAGGAAGUGAGCAGAAGGGAAAAGCAGGCAGGAAUUGUUCCCGAACCUGACAUAGACACAUACAUGAAGAUCAUGGGGCUGGACAUCUGUGCUGACAUGAUAGUGGGAGAUGCCAUGAGAAGAGGCAUCUCCGGUGGUCAGAAGAAAAGAUUGACUACAGGAGAGAUGAUCGUUGGACCCAAAAAGGCUCUCUUUAUGGAUGAAAUAUCUACUGGUUUAGAUAGUUCCACCACCUUCCGAAUUGUUACUUGUCUCCAACAUUUGGCUCACUUAACGGAAUCUACUGUAGUGGUUUCUCUUCUUCAGCCAGCACCUGAGACCUAUGAUCUCUUUGAUGACAUCAUCUUAAUGGCAGAAGGGAAGGUUGUAUACCAUGGACCUCGUAGCCAUGUUCUCAGCUUUUUUGAAGAUUGUGGGUUUAGAUGCCCUGAAAGAAAAGGAGCAGCUGAAUUUCUACAGGAAGUUUUGUCCAGAAAGGACCAAGAACAGUAUUGGUUCAAUCCACGCGGACCGUACACUUAUGUCUCCGCAGAUCAAUUCUCUGAAAAAUUCAAAGCACAUCACAUCGGACAGAAUCUAAAUAAGGAGCUAGCAAAGCCCUGUGACAGGUCCCAAUCGCUUAAAAAUGCUUUAUCCUUCAAUACUUACUCUUUAUCAAAAUGGGAACUAUUUAAAGCUUGCAUGGCAAGGGAGUUGCUGCUGAUGAAGAGGAAUUCGUUUGUUUAUCUGUUCAACACAACUAAGCUUACGAUUGUUGCAAUCAUUGUGAUGACUGUAUUUCUGCGUACACGUAUGGGGGUUGACAUAAUUCAUGCUAAUUACUAUCUGGGUUCACUCUAUAGCGCAAUGAUCUUGCUUAUGAUAAAUGGACUCCCAGAGUUGGCAAUGACCGUUUCUAGACUUCCAGUUUUCUACAGGCAAAGGGACUCAAACUUCUAUCCUGCAUGGGCAUACGCAAUUCCAGCUUCUAUCCUCAAGAUUCCAAUCUCAUUUAUAGAGUCCCUUAUCUGGACAUCUCUUACUUACUAUGUCAUUGGCUACAGUCCUGAGGUAGCAAGGUUCUUCCGUCACUUCCUUCUACUAUUUCUCGUCCAUCAGGUGUCUCUAUCCCUAUUCCGUUUUCUUGCCUCGUUUUUCCAGAAACUAGUGACUUCUUCGGUUAGUGCUACUGUGUCUUUACUGCUGAUACUUCUCUUUGGAGGCUUCAUUCUCCCUCAACCCUCUAUGCCAGGUUGGUUGAAGUGGGGAUUCUGGAUUUCUCCAAUGACAUAUCUGGAGAUAGGCUUAGUUGUAAAUGAAUUUCUUGCACCAAGAUGGCAAAAGAUUACGUUAGCAAAUACGACUAUAGGGCACCAAGUCCUGACAAGCCGCGGACUGAACUACAGCAGCUACUUUUAUUGGAUAUCAGUGGGAGCAUUGUCUGGAUACAUUCUCCUGUUCAAUGUUGCAUUCAUGUUAGCCCUAACCUUUAUCACUGGUGCAUUCAGGCCUGGAAUUCUUACAGCACUGAUGGGGGUCAGUGGAGCAGGGAAAACCACUCUUUUAGAUGUUCUUGCUGGAAGGAAGACUACCGGUCAUGUUGAAGGAGAUAUAAGAAUUGGAGGGUUCCCAAAAGUACAAGAAACUUUCUCAAGGAUAUUAGGUUACUGCGAACAGACCGACAUACAUUCUCCACAAAUGACUGUGGAAGAGUCUGUGAUUUAUUCGGCUUGGCUGCGUCUACCAUCUCAGAUCGAUCCAGAAAAAAGGCGUACAUUUGUAGAUGAAGUCCUUGAAACAAUUGAACUUGAUCAAAUCAAAGAUGCAUUGGUUGGCAUGCCUGGGGUCAAUGGUCUAUCAACUGAGCAACGAAAGCGACUAACAGUUGCAGUGGAGCUUGUUUCAAAUCCAUCUGUUAUAUUUAUGGAUGAACCCACAACAGGUUUAGAUGCCAGAGCAGCAGCUAUUGUUAUGCGUGCAGUAAAAAAUGUUGCUGAAACAGGAAGAACAGUGGUUUGCACCAUCCACCAACCUAGCGUUGAGAUAUUUGAGGCAUUUGAUGAGCUAAUUUUAAUGCAAAGGGGAGGAAGGUUACUCUAUACAGGACCAUUAGGACAGUUCUCAAGCAAAGUUAUUGAAUAUUUUGAGGGUAUUUCUGGGGUACCACAGAUUAAAGAAAACUACAACCCAGCAACAUGGAUGUUGGAAGUAACCUCUACAUCAAUGGAAAUGCAACUUGGAAUGGAUUUUGCACAAAUCUACAGAGAGUCAUCUUUAUUCAAGGACAAUAAAGAGCUAGUUAAACAAUUGAGCACACCACUACCACAUUCAAAAGAUCUAAAUUUCCCAACACGUUUUCCACAAAAAGGUUGGGAGCAGUUCAAGGCUUGCCUAUGGAAACAAUACCUUUCCUAUUGGAGAAGUCCUUCAUAUAACUUGGUGAGAGUAAUAGUUAUGCUCAUCUCAUCCAUAGCAUUAGCAGCACUGUUCUGGAAGCACGGGAAGACAAUAAACAAUCAACAAGAUUUGUUCAUCAUGCUUGCGUCAAUGUAUGUCGUCACUGUCUUCACUGGCAUAAACAACUGCUCGUCAGUUUUAUCAUUUGUUGCAACUGAGCGCAUCGUUCUGUACCGAGAAAUUUCAGCAGGAAUCUAUCCUCCAUGGGCCUACUCAAUUGCACAGGUGGUCAUUGAGAUCCCUUAUGUACUCCUUCAGGUAGUAUUAUUUAUGAUCAUAGCAUAUCCAGCAAUCGGCUAUUACUGCACAGCAUACAAAUUCUUCUGGUUUGCUUACACCAUGUUCUGCACAUUGCUCUACUACACAUACCUUGGAAUGUUGCUCGUUUCAUUGACACCAAACGUUCAAGUGGCUACUGUGUUGUCAUCUUUCUGCUACACCUUGCUAAAUCUCUUCUCAGGAUUCAUAGCACCAGGUCCACAAAUUCCAAAGUGGUGGAUAUGGGUAUAUUACAGCAGCCCCAUGUCCUGGACACUGAAUGGCCUCUUCACUUCACAAUAUGGAGAUAUAGACAAGCAGAUAAUGGUAUUUGGAGAAACAAAGCCACUUGCUUCCUUCUUGAAAGAUUAUUUUGGGUUCCACCAUGAUCGUUUAGGACUGGUGGCUGUUAUGCUUAUUGCCUUCCCUCUCAUGUAUGCUAUACUUUUUGCUUAUUUUAUAGGAACACUGAAUUUCCAAAGGAGGUAAAAAGGAAAAACCUUACGGUAUAGUUGUAAAGAUUUAUCUGCACUUUAACAUGAUUGGUUAUCAUAGAAAGAUUUAUAUUUUAGAAUAGGCAAUAUGUUUCUGCAAGACUUGAUAAUAUGCCAUGACUAUAAUCUUGUUUGCAGAGAAUCUCCAAACUAAGUUUGGUUAUCCGUGCACCUUGGACAGACAUGCAGUAAACGAAGAUAAAUGAUUUUUUUAAGGAGGAAUUAAGCCUACAACAAUUGUAGCAGAGAGAACUAAUUCACUCCUUUCCCUAAUAAAUCUCUCAGCCAUAUAAUUUUGUGGAGAUUGUUCCACAUUUUGGGGAAAAAAAUCUUGUCCAUACCGGUCCCAUGAUACUUCCAUCUCCUGCUUUCCUAAAGCCCUCCUUUUUCCUCUUUACUCCUCUUUUAUGUUCUUGACGUUGUAUCUUCAGAAAAUAAUAUCAACUGCCUUACUGCCACCUUAUCAAAAUCUUCUUACAUCUCAAUGGCACAAGAUUGCCACCUAUC